CAGUCCGGGGAGAGCAAGCGAGCCGGCGGCGCAGCCGGCGCGUCUGGGCUGCUUCGCAGGGAGGGAGUGGGCGGCCGGCCGCCCGGCGGCGACCCCGGGCCCCGGCCGCCACCAUGGGCUUCGAGCUGGACCGCUUCGAGGGCGACGUGGACCCGGACCUCAAGUGUGCGCUGUGCCACAAGGUCCUGGAGGACCCGCUCACCACGCCGUGCGGCCACGUCUUCUGCGCCGGCUGCGUGCUACCCUGGGUGGUACAGGAGGGCAGCUGCCCCGCACGCUGCCGCGGUCGCCUCUCGGCCAAGGAGCUUAACCACGUCCUGCCGCUCAAGCGUCUCAUCCUCAAGCUGGACAUCAAGUGUGCGCACGCCGCGCGCGGCUGUGGCCGGGUGGUCAAGCUGCAGCAGCUGCCGGAGCACCUAGAGCGCUGCGACUUCGCGCCCGCGCGCUGCCGCCACGCGGGCUGCGGCCAGGUGUUGCUGCGGCGAGACGUGGAGGCGCACAUGCGCGACGCGUGCGACGCGCGGCCCGUGGGCCGCUGCCAGGAGGGCUGCGGGCUGCCCCUGACGCACGGCGAGCAGCGCGCGGGCGGCCACUGCUGCGCGCGGGCCCUGCGGGCGCACAACGGCGCCCUACAGGCCCGCCUGGGCGCGCUGCACAAGGCGCUCAAGAAGGAGGCGCUGCGCGCGGGCAAGAGGGAAAAGUCGCUGGUGGCGCAGCUGGCCGCCGCACAGCUGGAGCUGCAGAUGACCGCCCUGCGCUACCAGAAGAAGUUCACCGAGUAUAGCGCGCGCCUCGAUUCACUCAGCCGCUGCGUGGCCGCGCCGCCCGGCGGCAAGGGUGAAGAAACCAAAAGCCUGACUCUGGUCCUGCAUCGAGACUGCGGUUCACUGGGGUUCAAUAUUAUCGGCGGUCGGCCUUGUGCGGACAACCAAGAUGGAUCGUCCAGUGAAGGAAUCUUUGUAUCCAAAAUAGUCGACAGUGGGCCGGCAGCCAAGGACGGAGGCCUGCAAAUUCAUGACAGGAUCAUUGAGGUCAACGGCAAAGACUUAUCCAGAGCAACUCAUGACCAGGCUGUGGAAGCCUUCAAGACUGCUAAAGAGCCCAUCGUGGUGCAGGUGUUGAGGAGAACGCCACGGACCAAAAUGUUCACGCCUCCAGCAGAAUCACAAACGGUGGACACGGCCACCCAGACGGACAUCACCUUUGAGCACAUCAUGGCUCUUACCAAGAUGUCCCCACCCACCCCACCGGUGCUAGAUCCCUAUCUCUUGCCAGAGGAGCAUCCCUCAGCCCAUGAGUACUAUGAUCCAAAUGACUACAUUGGAGGCAUCCAUCAGGAGAUGGACAGGGAGGAGCUGGAGCUGGAGGAAGUGGAUCUCUACAGAAUGAACAGCCAGGACAAGCUGGGCCUCACCGUGUGCUACCGGACAGAUGACGAAGAUGAUAUUGGGAUUUAUAUAAGCGAGAUCGACCCCAACAGCAUCGCGGCCAAGGAUGGGCGCAUCCGGGAAGGAGACCGAAUUAUCCAGAUUAAUGGGAUAGAGGUACAGAACCGUGAAGAGGCUGUGGCUCUUCUAACCAGUGAAGAAAACAAGAACUUUUCCUUGCUAAUUGCAAGGCCCGAACUCCAGCUGGAUGAGGGUUGGAUGGAUGAUGAUAGAAACGACUUUCUGGAUGACCUGCACAUGGACAUGCUGGAGGAGCAGCACCAUCAGGCCAUGCAGUUCACGGCCAGCGUGCUGCAGCAGAAGAAGCAAGAAGAAGACGGCGGAACCACAGACACAGCCACCAUCCUGUCCAACCAGCACGAAAAGGACAGUGGUGUGGGCCGGACGGAUGAGAGCACGCGCAAUGAUGAGAGCUCGGAGCAGGAGAACAACGGCGACGACGCCCCUGUGUCCUCCCCACCGCUGGCGGGGCAGAGGAAGCUCACAUGCAGCCAAGACACCCUGGGCAGCGGCGACCUGCCCUUCAGCAAUGAGUCCUUCAUUUCCGCAGACUGCGCUGACGCCGACUACCUGGGCAUCCCGGUGGACGAAUGCGAGCGCUUCCGGGAGCUGCUGGAGCUCAAGUGCCAGGUGAAGAGCGCCAGCCCCUAUAGCCUAUACUACCCCAGCAGCCCCCUGGACGCCAGCAAGAGCGACCCCGAGAGCGUGGACAAGGAGCUGGAGUUGCUCAACGAGGAGCUGCGCAGUAUCGAGCUGGAGUGCCUCAGCAUCGUGCGCGCGCACAAGAUGCAGCAACUCAAGGAGCAGUACCGUGAGUCCUGGAUGCUGCACAACAGCGGCUUCCGCAACUAUAACACCAGCGUGGAUGUGCGCCGGCACGAGCUCUCGGACAUCACCGAGCUUCCAGAGAAGUCCGACAAGGACAGCUCGAGUGCCUACAACACCGGAGAGAGCUGCCGGAGCACCCCGCUCACCCUAGAGAUGUCCCCGGACAACUCCCUGAGGAGAGCAGCCGAGGGCAUCGGCUGUCCCGGGAGCGAAGGCGCCGCUGGGGCCACAGAAGCUUACGGGCCGUCCUCAAAGAAUCUGCUCUCCAUCACAGAAGAUCCCGAAGUGGGCCCCCCUGACUACAGCCCCUCUCCUAAAGAGCUUGACCCCAGCCAGACCCUGGAGAACAAGGAGAGGAAACCCAGCGACGACAGCAGCAGCCCCAUCCCUGGCCAGAAGCUGGGUGGCUCCUACCUGUCGCCCUACCCCCACUCCCCCUACAAGCACGCCCACAUCCCAGCGCAUGCGCAGCACUACCAGAGCUACAUGCAGCUGAUCCAGCAGAAGUCGGCUGUAGAGUACGCACAGAGCCAGAUGAGCCUGGUGAGCAUGUGCAAGGACCUGAACUCCGCCAACCAGUUGGAGCCGAGGAUGGAAUGGAAAGUGAAGAUCCGGAGCGACGGGACACGUUACAUCACCAAGCGGCCGGUGCGGGACCGUCUGCUGCGGGAGCGGGCACUCAAGAUCCGGGAGGAGCGCAGCGGCAUGACCACGGACGACGAUGCAGUGAGCGAGAUGAAGAUGGGGCGGUACUGGAGCAAGGAGGAGAGGAAGCAGCAUGUGGUGAAGGCCAAGGAGCAGAGGCGCAGGCGCGAGUUCAUGAUGCAGAGCCGGCUCGACUGCCUGAAGGAGCAGCAAGGGGCUGACGACCGGAAGGAGAUGAACAUCCUCGAACUCAGCCACAAAAAGAUGAUGAAGAAGAGGAAUAAAAAGAUAUUUGAUAACUGGAUGACAAUCCAAGAACUCUUAACCCAUGGCACGAAAUCUCCAGAUGGCACUAGAGUAUACAAUUCGUUCCUAUCGGUGACUACUGUAUAAUUUCCACUUCUGCAUUAUGUACAGAAAGGAGAACACUACCAUUGGGGUAGAAAUUCCUGCCUCGUUCAAUGUGGCAAGUUUUUGUAUAUAAGAUAAAUACCGUCAUCGUGUUUAUAGUCGAAAUUGGCGAGCCCUACAACUCUGGGUGUCCUAGCUCUAUUUUAAGUGGAGAAAAACCACCCAUAUAACGAUCUAUCUUGGAAGGCAAUAUUAACAGAGCUCUUUUCAAAUAGCAGUGGUACUUUUUUACUUGUUAUCUUUUACAUAAAGUGUUUAAAUUUCAAAAAGAUCUUUUAUUAAGCAUACUUUCACAGAAUUUGUUUAAACCUAUAUUCAUAUUAAAAAAAAAAGUUAAACACGCUUUUUUUUUCCUGCCGAAACCACAGAUAUGACUGCCAGUAUGUAUUUUUAAUGGAACUCUAUUUUAUAAUGUUACUUUGCUGAAUGUGUUUGUUUCAUAUGGGUGACCGUUAAUAUAUUAUUUAGGUCAGAGCUUCAACUCAAAACUACCAAACUCUUUGGUAACAAUUCAAUACACAUAACGAUACCAGCGGUGUUUAGAUUUGGGAUAAUAUUUAAACAUUUUUCUGGUCAAAGUUCCCAAGAGAGUGUAAAGGUUUUAACAGAAAGCAAAAUAUAAUGCAGAUUUGUGGAAGUUUAAAGCAUGUUUGCAAAUAUUGCAGCCGUUGGAAGACUUUGCAUGUACAGGAAAGUUGUGGAUGGAGAUGGUUUGUGGAAUUUUAAGUGCUUAUUGUAGUAAACCUUUGCUUUGUAGGUUCGAAGGGACGGACUUUUACGAGAAGAUUUACAAAAUCAUGAUUAGUUACAAACAUUAAGUAAAAUGAAGUUAAAUAAAUUAUUUUCUAUUUGA